UAUUACACCACAAGUACCCUUCUUUUGCUCACAGAUCAAACCAAACUAUGGUAGUUUUUAGUGUAGAAGAAGCUUUGUUGAAAUCCUCGUCAUUGUUCCCUUACUUCAUGCUCGUGGCCUUCGAAGCCGGAGGGUUGUUCAGGGCUUUUCUUCUCUUGGCCAUAUACCCAUUUCUAUACCUCGUUAGUGAAGAGAUGGGGUUGGAGAUAAUGGUAUUCGUUUGCUUCUUUGGGGUAAAGACAAAGAGUUUCAGAGUGGGAAGUGCUGUUUUGCCCAAGUUUUUCUUGGAGGAUGUAGCGUUGGAAACGCUGGAGAUGUUGAAGAAAGGAGGUGAAAAUGUGGGUUUCAGUAAUAUUCCUCGAGUGAUGAUCGAGAGCUUCUUGAAGGAUUAUCUGGGGAUUGAUUGUAUCGUCGGUAGAGAGAUGAAGGUGUUUUGUGGAUACUUCUUGGGUGUCAUGGAAGAAAAGAAAAGAAGCAAUGAUGCUUUGGAGACGAUAAUUAGAAGCCAAGAAGAUCUGGUUGCCAUCAGUAGCUUCAAGGAAUCACUUCAAUAUCACUUGUCUUCUCAUUGCAUUGAAAUUUACCUGGUGAGAAGAGCCGACAAGAGAAGCUGGCAACACGUACCGAGAGAGGAAUACAUGAAACCACUGAUUUUCCACGAUGGAAGACUGGCUUUCAGGCCAACACCAUUAGCCACACUCGCCAUGUUCAUGUGGCUCCCCUUCGGCUUCACCCUUUCAAUCAUCCGAGUCAUUACUGCUUUGAUGCUUCCUCAUAGGCUCUCCGUCCCAAUAUUAGCCUACACCGGGUUCCGCCUCUCCUUUUCGUCCGAUCCGUCGCUCGAAAACGUAAACAUCAAUCGGAAAACCAAAGGCGGCCGGCUCUACGUUUGCAACCAUAGAACACUGCUGGAUCCACUCUACCUUUCGUUUUCAUUACAGAAGGAUCUCACAGCCGUUAGUUACAGCUUAAGCAGGGUGUCGGAGCUGUUAGCGCCGAUCAAAACCGUGAGACUGACCAGGGAUCGUGAUCGAGAUGGAACCAUGAUGGGAAAGCUAUUAAACCAAGGGGACCUAGUUGUGUGCCCCGAAGGAACCACGUGUAGGGAGCCUUAUCUCUUGAGGUUCAGCCCUUUGUUUGCUGAGAUGAGCGAUAAUAUAGUCCCGGUUGCCAUGGACAGCCACGUUAGCAUGUUCUACGGCACAACGGCUGGUGGCUUGAAAUGCUUGGACCCACUGUUCUUCACCAUGAACCCACGUCCCAGCUACAAAGUACAGGUCCUUGCUGGUGUGUCCGGCGUGACAUCUUGUGUCGGUGAUAGUGACAGAUCGAGGUUCGAUGUGGCUAACCAUGUUCAGAGUGAGAUUGGGAAGGCUCUGGGUUUUGGUUGCACCAGGCUUACCAGAAGAGACAAGUACUUGAUCUUGGUGGGUAAUGAAGGAAUAGUUAAUAAACCCUAAGGAAUUUAUUAGCUUGUUCCU